GAAUGUAUCAAGAAAACCUCAAAACUCAAAAAUUUUAAGAACACCCACCAUGCGGCAAAAUCACUAAAAACCUCCAAUAUGCUUGCCCCGCGUAUUGGAGUUUCCAAUGAAGAAAAGCCAUUGACAUUCACCUCCGACAAGUUGGCUGAUUGAUCCAAUGCAGAUGCAGUGAAAAAGCACAACGGAAAGCAACAAAAUGUUGUGCAGUAGCAGAUGCUAUCUUCUGAAUUCCAUUAACAAAACCACCCCGUUUAGUGGCCGACGCCGUAGGGGAGUCGGAAUCGGAAUUAGAAGCAUUGCGUCUCAGUCUCAGAACACGAUUGUAAUGGAGAGAAACGACGACGUUUUCAAAUUCCUGACCAAAGACCCUUACUCCCCCCCUUCUUGGGCCUCCCAUCUCAGCCCUAUCCCCUCUCACAGCUUCUCUCUUGGCCAUCUUUCUACUCCCAUUCACAAAUGGAACCUCCCCAAUUUGCCCAACAACACUGAGGUCUGGUUGAAGCGUGAUGACCUUUCAGGCAUGCAAUUGAGUGGUAACAAAGUGAGGAAAUUAGAGUUUUUGUUGGCAGAUGCAGUGGCACAAGGUGCUGACUGUAUCAUUACCAUUGGUGGAAUUCAAAGCAAUCACUGUCGUGCUACUGCUGUUGCUGCCAAGUAUCUGAAUCUUGACUGUUAUCUAAUUCUUCGCACCUCUAAGGUUCUUGUGGACCAAGAUCCUGGAUUGACUGGCAAUCUAUUAGUUGAGCGUUUAGUUGGAGCUCAUGUUGAACUAAUCACAAAAGAAGAAUAUGGAAAAAUUGGCAGUGUGACUCUUACAAAUAUUUUAAAAGAAAAAUUGCAAAAGGAAGGAAGAAAGCCAUAUGUUAUUCCUGUUGGUGGAUCAAACGCCUUAGGAACCUGGGGCUACAUUGAAGCUAUUAGAGAGAUAGAGCAGCAGCUUCUGAUGGGGGCUCAAAAAUUAAAAUUUGAUGAUAUUGUUGUAGCAUGUGGCAGUGGUGGUACAAUUGCUGGGUUGUCAUUGGGGUCAUGGCUGGGAACAUUGAAGGCAAAGGUUCAUGCAUUUGGUGUUUGUGAUGACCCAAAUUACUUCUACGACUUUAUUCAAGGUCUACUUGAUGAGCUCAAUGCAGGUGUUAACUCACGUGAUAUUGUUAGUGUUCAAGAUGCCAAAGGUCUGGGCUAUGCAAUGAACACUACUGAGGAGCUCAAUUUUGUUAAAGAAAUUGCUACAGCGACUGGUGUUGUUCUUGACCCAGUUUACAGUGGAAAGGCUGCUUACAGAAUGUUGAAAGACAUGGCUGAGAAUCCAAACAAGUGGGAAGGAAGAAAGAUCCUCUUUAUACACACAGGAGGGCUGCUGGGGUUGUUUGAUAAGGUCAAUCAAAUAGCUCCUCUGGUCAAGAAUUGGAAUCGGAUGGAUGUAAAUGAGUCCAUUCCUUGACAAGAUGGUAUCGGUAAAAUGUUCCAAGGCAAAAACAAAAGGUAUAAAGCAAGUGGUGGAGCUAAAAAUAAAACUUAUAUGAGUUAUAGUAAAAUAUAGGGAGCCUAAAAGAGAUGAUAAAAUAUGGGGAGGUAAAAUAAAAUUUAGAAUUUUUAUUGAUAUUAUAUAUAUAAAACAAAACAACACUCGAUUUAUCUUGAUCA